AUGGACGCGUCAACAGGUCCAGGAGCUCCCUUGAAUCUUCACUUUUCUGAAGAUGGUCUCUAUGCUGCCCAUGUCGGUGGGAAAGCUCUGGUCGUGCAUUCAAAUGUAGCUUCUGAAAGCAAAGAGGUACAGCUCGCAAGACUUAAAGAAAUCCCAGUCAAAUCCCUUAAAUUCUUCAACUUUGGAAAUGCUUCUGGCCUAUCACAUGAUGAGAUUGCCCCUAGGCGGCGUAUUUUAUCCGCCAACGAUAGCCGCAUUUCGGUUUGGCAGGUCAACCCUUUGGGAAUAUUUGCCGAUAUUGAGAGCAUCGAGCCAGGGACAUUGGCCGUCGAUUUUGGGUGCGAUGAAAAUGAGGUCCUGGUAUUUCAUGCGUGGAACACAAAGAUGAGCAUCCACUCAUUAGAUACUGGCCGCAGCUCAGUCAUCAAAACACCCAAAUUUGCACAUCAUCUCGGGUUCGGCUAUCGCCCAAAAACCAGGCAACUCGCCAUUUUGCUGAAACCGGACACAUCUGACUUGCUGACAGUUCACGAGCCCCGCUCUUAUGAACUCGUCAACAGAGCUGUACUUUCAACUAUCGAUGCACAGGGCCUGAAAUGGAGCCCAGAUGGCAAGUGGAUUGCCGUUUGGGAUGCUGCAAGCGCAGGCACAAAGGUGCUCAUCUUCACAGCUGAUGGUCAGCUUUUUAGAACUUAUACUGGGCCUUCUGGGGUAGAUGAUACGUUCGACUUGGGGAUAAAACAAAUUGAAUGGAGUCCAGCUUCUGAUCAAGGCACCUGUCAAACAUUGGCCGUCGGCAAAGUCAAUGGCAAUAUCGACCUACUCCGAACCCGUACAUUUUCCUCCGCUACAACACUCUCACAUGUAUUCCAAGCAGACCAACAAUGUAUCUGGCGCGAACGAUAUACCAGUGCAGCAGGUGAUGCUGAAUAUGCCGAAACAUCCAGCUCCUCUGCAUUCAACAUGAGUCCUGAAACAGCGGGACCACCCCGGGGUGUCUUGACAAUGGCUUUCAGCCCGGACGGUCGUCUGCUAGCCAGUGUCGAUACCUCACGACAGAAUGUUGUCUGGAUCUGGUCGCUCGAAUCUACCCCAAGACUCGCAUCAGCCUUGGUUCAUGAACAACCUGUUAGACAAAUUGCUUGGCAUGCUUCAACGCCUCAGCUACUGAUCAACACUAUGUCCAAUGGGUUGCCUACUAUUCGAUGGUGGUCACCCCAAGAUCAUCCUGUGAUUGCGCAGGUCCCCGUUCAGAGGAAUGAGAGUGGGAAAUACGAUAUGAAGUGGGCUAUAGACUCAAACGUUGACUCUGUAUUCUGGUUCGGAUCAUCGGAAGAACAUGUCAUUGGAUACCUAUCUGCCCAAAACGGCGGCGUGGAGUUUGAGGUGCUAAACUUGGUAAGCAGCAAAUCCAGUGUGGCCCAUGGAGGCAGCCUAGGUCGAUAA